AAUCCGGGACGGGCCUGACAAUCGUCGUGACCUUUCUGCUGAGGGCGGCCGUGAAGUGGGCUGCAAACUUUGUGGCGGAGGAGAGGCGAGCAAAGUGGAGGAACGACGUGGGGUACGUGAUUUACCACGACAGAGAAGUAACGAAAGACACAAAGAUCGUCUUCAUGACGGAGGGGUCCCUCGUAAAACAGCUACCCAGGAAGGACUCACCUGGGGCGCCCGGAACUUUAGCCUGCAAAGACGGUCAGAAACUAUGUGAACAUUGCAUCAAGCACCCGGACCUGCCACAGAAGCAGCCUCGGGUUCUUACAAAGCACCGGAGCGGCUAUCCGGGCGUCUGCGUGACAAGCGCGACCCUCCCUAACCCAGAAGAGUUCCGAAGGCACAUGAGCGGCGUCGUCUUUCCCCCUAUCUCCGGUCGCCCCCAUAGCGUCGACAUCGUCUACGAAGAAGGACCCUCGAUCACACCGGAAGAGGAAAGGAACCAGGCGCUCAACGAAGACCCUAAGGUGGGAAGAAAGAUCGUCGUCGCAACUAACGCGGCUGAGACGUUCUCACGGUUGCGCACAUUGGGAGUGUCGUCGACCCGGGUUUUGCAAAGGAAAAGCGGUUCUACCCCCAACACGAGUCGGAGUCUUUGUGGACGGCUGUGCAGCGAGGCCGUUUACGAGGAGAUGCCGCCGACGGCCAACCCGCAGAGCAAGCGCACGGAUUUCGCACUGGUGGCGCUCGACGUCACGAUGAUGGGGUGGAGCCGCGCAUUUUCGCGGCGUGGCCGGCGCAUGGCGGCCCUCCUACUGAGCCCCGAGGAUGGCGCAAUGUUCUUUGCCGCGAUCGACGGGGGCUGUCAGUUCUCAACGAGGAAUCCCCCCCCUAUACCCAUCUGGACGGGCAUUGCCCGAGUGAGGUGGGCACCUGUCUGCUCCAAGCCGAUCCGAUAG